AUGGGAGGACCAUGGUGCUAUAUUAACUUAAAGUCUUGGGCUUAUUGUGACAUAUCGGUCUGUAAGAAUAAAGGGCGCACUCCUGGUUUAACUAGCUUUAAACAGAAACAUGAGAAAGUUAAAACUCUUCAAGAUGAAGAACACUUUUACGUAACGGAUCUAAUAACCAUAUAUCAACCAAUCACAAAAUAUUAUACUGAUUACUCAACUACCACCACCACGUCAGUUACUACCAGACUAGCUGAACUUGCACAUUAUGUCCGAAUGAUCGAUCACACUUCUGACAAUGUUAAGCAAUUUUAUACUCGAUGCCGAUACACUGCAAUUAGACCAACUCACCCCGUUAUCUUUCAAACAGAUUUAAAGAUGAUAUGUGAACAAAUACUAUAUGAGAAAAAUAACACUGUUUCCGUGUUAAAAUAG